GGAGGAGGUUUUCUUGAAGCUCUGUAUGGCCGAUAUAGAAGGAGAUGAUGAUGAAGACGACAUUCCAACUAGCGUGCGAGCAGCCAGCAUCUCAGAAGUCAACGAAAGGACACGCCUAAUUUCAGAGUCAAGCAGUCACGUGACUCAAUACACCAAUCAGGUUUACGAUGACGUACCUGCCAUAGCAAGCGCCCCGCCCAAUGGUGAUGCGAAUCAACACGCCAAUGAUGACGUAUAUGAAGAGAUCUCCCAACGCAGGGCUAAUGGGGGCGUGGCUCGCUCAAUGUCCACCAUGACAACAAAAACUGAAACUCCAGAUUAUCACUACGAAAUGCCGCCGUUGAAAUACACGGAUAUCUUUCCAAGUCUACUCAACAUGUGGGCCCUACUUAUCAAGGAUCUACUCAAGCUGGUUAGAAACCCAGGUCUGACGCUCUUCCAAUUCCUCCUGCCCGUGGUUGAGGUAUCCCUGUUCUUUCUCGCCAUCGGUGGCCCGCCUAGGAACCUUGCUGUAGCUGUGGUCAAUAACGAUGCCUACGCCGCAUUCAAUCUGAGUGACAUCUACCUUAACCAGAUAGACGAUUCAAUGAUCUCCCAGAAACCUGUCGAUACAUACGAAGAAGCCUUUGCGGAUAUACGCCAGAGUGGAAAAUACUGGGGAAUCAUUGAGAUACCAGCCAACUAUUCUCACUACCUCAUCCAACGUGUAGUCCAGGGUAAUGCCGUUGACAAUGUGACACUGUUUGGCAGUACGGUCAGAGUCACGAUGGAUGCCACGAAUCAGCAGAUUGCAGUGUCUAUCCAGACUGCUUUAUUAGCUGCGUAUGAGUCUUUUGUCGAUGUCGUCUUGACUAGUAUAGGAGUGAACCCAGCUGUUGCACAGAUUCCUAUCGCUUUCCAAGAACCAAUCUACGGUGAGGUCGAUGCACCUUUCACCAAUUUCAUGGCUGCCGGUGUUAUUUUAACGGUCAUAUUCUUCCACGCGGUGGCUUUGACCUCAAUGACCUUUGUCGUGGAGAGGAAAGAGGGUCUACUGGACAGGAUCUGGGUCGCAGGUGUUGGACCAGGUGAAGUAAGCAUAGCUCACGUCAUGACUCAAUUCAUCAUCAUCUCGGUCCAAAUCGCCCUCGUACUCGUCUUCACAUUCGCGGUCUUUGAUAUUCCGAACGAGGGUAGUUUGUUCCUCGUCAUUCUGAUGAUGAUGUUACAAGGUUUAUGUGGAAUGGCUCUUGGUCUACUCAUCUCGGCCUUCUGUGACUCGGAAUCCACAGCUAUUCAACUCGCCCUCGGAUCUUUCUACCCCCUUCUCCUCCUCAGUGGUGUUGUGUGGCCGAUUGAAGCCAUGCCCGAACCCGUGUAUUACAUCGCACUUGCAUUGCCUCAGACUUUGGCUGCAGAAGGCAUACGAGCAAUACUUGGACGAGGUUGGGACAUGAGUUACUUUGAGGUCUGGAUCGGCUACCUAACCACAACGGCUUGGUGGUUAGUGCUCCUCACUCUGGCUACCAUCGUACUCCGAGUUAGACGAUAAACCGGCAUCGAGCUCUACUUCAAGUAAUACCGUUAGAGUGUCACGCACGCCCCCAACGAUCAAUGCUGCCUUAAUUGGAUCAAUCAAAAAACGCUCUGUAAAAACAAUUCAUAGGAUUGAGCAACUAUCACUCAAUUGUACAACAAGAAACUACCACAUGCUGUAGAAUCACCAGGAAUAUGUCAAUACGAGAUGGGAGGGGUCAGACUAAAUGCAUGAACACUUUAGGGGCACUUCUUCUUUCUCGAUCUAAAAUAAAUAUCCGUCAUUUCACUGAAGCAGAAAUGACUCCAGCCCCCAUUCUUUUCACGCGAUUUUCCACUGGGCAUAAAGAAAUGUUUAUACUUUAAGAGUAUAUGGAAAUCCUUCCAGCCCUUGCAUGUCCAGAAAAGGAGGGGGAUUUUUAGCCGUGUAAAUGCUUUUUUUUUAACCUCUUUAAACAAAUGUGUAUUCUGAAAUAUUUCUUUGUAUGUUUGAGAUUCACAUGUUGUAGAACGACCAUUACAAGUCUCCCUUUUUUCACAUGAUUCAAAUAUACCCUCAAGAUUAUCUGUAUGUAUUUUUUUAAUUUUUUUUUUAUGAUUGUUUUUUUAUGUGCAAUGUAUUAUGACAAUCACAAUAUAUGUUUAUUCAUGAAAUUUCAGUAAAAGUGCCACUACCUAAUUUUGUAGAUGGUUUAAAGAUGGCAAUUUUACUUUGAUGACCUUCGACAAUUUAAAUAGAUGCAGCAUAUGUAGCACAUGAUGCCCAGUUUGUAUCUACCAAUUUAUUUUGUUGGUCAUGACAAAUUAAUAAUUGAGGCGGAUACAAGAGUUAAUUAUUAUACCCAUUCCGGUUUGGAUUAAAUCUGAAAAACGCUGUAUAUAACUCAUUUUUAUUUUAAUAUGUCUUUUUUAGUGUAUGAAUACAGUUAUUCACUCAUACAUUCCAUGUUUAGGGUA